AGAAACGACGACGUUUCGGUUGUAGGGUUUAGUGCUCUUGGUCGUUCCAUCAUCUUUCCUCCUCCUCCUCCUCUUGAGAUUCCAAUUCAAGAAAACCAAAAUUAUUGAAGAGAUGGCAUCGUUUUGCAGAUCAGCGUUAAUGGCAGGUUCCAGAAACUUAGUAUCAAGAUCCAAAACCGUAACACAAAAGUCCCUUAACCUUAAACCCACAACGACUUCAACUCCUUCCGCUUCAAUGUCCCAAUCCGUCCCCCGCGCUUCAAGGGUUCUCUCGGCUUUGGGAUGUGUUGAAACGAUGAUUCCACUCCACAGUGCUGUUGCUUCAGCUCGUCUCAAGUCAAGCAUCGCUGCUGAUUCCUCCUGUUGGAGCUGGCUCUCUCAGGGAUUUGCCACGCCUUUGUGACCCCGGUCUGCUGGAUCUCUAUAUAAGGCGAAAAUAAUCAUAAUGUUAGGACUUGCUUUCACAAUAUGAAUGAACAAGAACAGUGUUUAUUUUCUAGUUCCAACGCUUUUGUUGAUGUAUUGUUGUGGUUCACAAUGGACUUGUUGCUUCAAACUUCUUGCAAUCUAUCUAUCGCUAUUUGGAUCUACACACUUUGGGGCCUUUGUUCUGCACUAAAACUCAGCAUGUCCUUUCUUUUGUUCAUGAUAUCAAGUUCUGUGUUCAUGCAAA